UCACUUUGUGAAAAAAUGAUGAGCCUGCGAAGAUUGGUACAUGACGUAUUUUUACAAACGAAACACACAAAACAAAAAUGGUUCUCCAGUGUUUCGAGUGUAUCCACUUUGGUUGGCGAUGCGCAAAUCCAAGAGUAUAAUGACAAUGGCGCUAUAUGCAUUCGCGGAGCAUUCGAUGAAAAGUGGUUAAAAUUAAUCGAAAAAGGAUUGGAGAAAAAUCUACGAACUCCAAGUAAAUACAAUGAUUGGCUGACUGAUGACAAUGGAAAAGGCUUAUUUUUCAAUGAUUAUUACAACUACACAAAAAUUCCAGAAUAUUUAGAAUAUGUGCUGUGUUCCCCAGCUGCUGAAAUUGCAGGACGUUUGAUGCAAUCCAAGAAAAGCAUAUUCUUUUAUGAACACAUGUUUUAUAAAGAAGCUGCUUCUACCAAAGAAACACCGUGGCAUCAUGAUCAGGCGUAUUAUCCUAUCGAUGGAAACCAGAAUUGUUCAGUAUGGAUGCCUACAACAAAAAUACAAAAAGAAUCCAGCUUAAAAUUCAUUCAAGGUUCACACAAAUUGAAAAAGUAUUUUAUCCCUCGUCUUUUUGCAAGCAAUCAAAACUACGAGAUGAGAUCACCAAACUCGUCGCCACAGGGAGUCCCAAGUAAUUUUGAGAAAGAGGCUGUCACAGACACUGCCUACAGAGAGUGUGACAUUGAAGAAAUCAUUCAAAAUAUCCAGGAUUAUAAAAUACUUCAAUGGGAGCUGGAGCCUGGAGAUUGCAUUGUAUUUAAUAUGAAGACCAUACACGGAACAGAAAAAUCCUUCAACCCUGAUAAACGUAUUGUCAUGGCAACAAGAUGGUUAGGUGACGACGCGAUAUACACUCGACGACGUUGGCCAACUUCUCCGUCUGAAACGCUUUUACCAAAAAGUUUGAAAGUUGGUUGUAGGUUAGCUGAGAGUAAAGAAUUUCUUGUUCCAUGGAAGAGAGAAUGAAUUGAUGAGUGGU